CUAACUCUGUUCUUUCUCCGACACGACGUUUCCUCGUGAUCUUCGCUGGUUUGCGACAUGGCGAGAAGUGCCUCUCAAUCUCAAUCAGCUACUUCUGCCACAAACUCGCGACCGGGGCUCAUGGCUCCUCGCGGCUCCGCUGCCGCAACCGCCGGCAUGCGUCGUCGCCGUCUCGCCGGUGGAAGCAGCUCCGGCGCUGUUGGAGGUGGCUCCGGCCCCGGAAGCAACAUGUUGAGGUUCUACACCGACGACGCCCCCGGCCUGAAGAUCUCUCCGACGGUGGUGCUGGUGAUGAGUCUCUGCUUCAUCGGCUUCGUCACCGCUCUCCACGUGUUUGGCAAGCUCUACCGCUAUCGAUCUGGUGGUGGUGGCGCUUGAUUCCAUAUCUUGAUCGUGGAUCUGAUUGCUCCGAUUCGGAUCUCACAUGAUAUUCUCUUCUCCCCUUGGUAAUCCAACCGCGCUUUUUCUUUUUCUUCUUCAAUUUAUUUUGCAGUUUUUUGUCUUUGUAAAUUUUGCAAGGGCUUGAUUAGGCUUCCUGUUUUUCUAGCUCUGAAAUGACUGUAUCUUAUUACCGUUGAUGGAAGUCACUUUUGGCCUUUCCGUGAAAAUCGAUCUCUGGCGUUCAUUUAUUACUUUUCAUUCGUUCUAUUAUUUCACUUUUUUGCUUACAUUUCCAAAAAUUAAACGGUUGCGUUGUCAGCAAUUUCUGUUAUCCCUGUAGAUUGAUUUCGUUCGUUUCUUUUCCCCUUCCAACACAAGUUUUCAAUGUUUGAACGUUUCCUCCAUUAUUACUGCCAAUUUUUUUGAUCUGGUUUUAGU